GAGAGGGGCGAGCCAUAUUUGGCAAAAGAUAGGGGCGGAACUUCCGGCCUCUCUUUGUGGCCGUCAUUUUGGCUGGCUUGGGGCAGAUUCACCAGCGCCAUAGCUCUUGAUCGCUGAGCCGGGUCUGAGUCAAUCAGAGACUGAAAGGUCGAGAGAAACUGUUGUCCUCACUGCACAGAGGCUCAGAUCACAGAGGCCUCACUGAUGGACCUGGCAUGAGUUGGUUCCAUGGCCACAGAAAGGCUUAAGGACCCUAGCGAGGGCAGCAUAACCUUUGAGGAUGUGGCAGUGUACUUUUCCUGGGAGGAAUGGGUUCUCCUUGAUGAGGCCCAGAAACUCCUAUACUGCAAUGUGAUGCUGGAGAACUUUGCACUUAUGGCCUCUCUAGGUUAUUGGCAUGGAGGGGAAGACGAGGAGGCACCUUCUGGGCAGAGUGUUUCUGUAGAAGGAAUGUCACAGAUAUUGAUGAUCUUCAAGUAUUUGGCCAUGACCUUCACUUGGGAGGAGUGGGGGCAAUUGGAUCUGGCAAAGAGAACCCUGUAUUGGGAGGUAAUGCUGGAGACCUGCGGACUCCUGGUCUCACUGGGGUAUCCUAUUCCCAAACCAGAAGUGAUCCAUCUGCUGGAGAAUGAGCAAAAUCUAUGCUUGGUGAAGAGAGGCUUCUCCUAAAGUUCCUGUCCAGAUGCAUCUCUCUCUUGAAGCCUCAUUUCUUCUAUCAUCACCGAUCUUUCACCUGGGAUCACUUUUCAUCAUCAUUAAAUAGAAAAUGCUUAAAAAAUAAUUCUAUUUUGAGCAGGUUAAUUCUACAUUAAAUUUCUCACUUGUGAUGUGAA